UUUACAUACUUUUACACUAUAAUCUUAUUCUUCUUAAUUCCCGUGCCAAAAAGAAGCGCACCACUUUGGUCGGGACGGAGGGAGUAUCACAUAGAUUGUGAUAAAAUUGCAAAAAGGCCCUCUCUCGGAGCACUUGAUGAUCACGUGGCACAAACUGAGAGCAGUUGAAAAUAAGGCGCCAAAGAGACGAUCGACAUGCGAUGCAGUUGUAUCUAUAAAAUCCGAAAACCCAGCUCUUCCUUCCGUUUGCAUUACAUGAUUAUUCAAUUUCCCCUCAAAACCCUAAUUAAUCCUCCCCAGCGCCUUGGGAUUUAUAUAUAUAUCACGUAGAAGAAACGCAAGAAAGGGAUAAUCCUAAUUAAUAUCCCUGGAUAAGCUGAGGAUCAUUAAAGACUACGAUUAUUGUUAUGUGAUGUGUAUAUCUUGGUUCAAUUAUGGACUGUGAAAGGAAUCAUGGUGAGGUUUUAGAGGAAAAACCAAGUGCUUCUGAUAAUAGGCGUGUGAUAUUCUCACCCGGAGUUAAAGUUAUAAAUACAAACCACGAAGGUGGCUGUGGACCACGUUCGGAGAUUACUGUUAAAGAAACUGAACAUGGCUCAGCCAGAAGUUUAGAUUCUUCAUCUUCAUCAAAGGCUUCUUGUGAAGAUAUUGUUCAAGUCAAUUCUCAAAUUAUUCCUCCCAACUCUAUAGGAGAGAGUAACAUCAUUCCCCAGCCUAGUGGAGGCUCAAACAGGUUGGAAGAGUGUGUUAAAGAGUGUCAAGAACCCAUCUCACAGCUCUCGGAUGUUGACAAUGCGUGUUUAGUGAAACACAUGUCACCAAUUCUAUCGCCUUCGGUCCAAGUCAUGGAAUGCCCUGAAGAUUAUGAUCCUGAUAGUCCAGCUUAUGUCUUUGACAGUGACUCAUCAAUAAUGGAAGGGAAUGCUUCUUCUGAUGAUUUGUUGUUCAGCAUUCAUAUGGGGGACGAUAGUUUCUCUAUUGGUGAUGCAACCGGUGCUAGUGCAGACAUAGAUAAAUCGGGGAAGCUACCAAAAUCAGGGCAAUCCUUAUGCGUUGGAGAAUUAUGCCAAUUUGGAGCAUCUUCCAAGUCUGGAAAAAUUCACAAGACAAAGGAGUGUCAGUCUACGGAGCACUUGAAGGGUAAUGAAUCAAUAAGGUCGGGUGAGUUGGGUAGGUUUGACCAAAUUUCGCCAAAUACUAAAGGGGUAGAAUCGAACAAAAAAUUAGACAUGGGGAAGACCGUGAGUGUGGAUGUGAAACGUGGAGAAAAGGGAAUGGUUGGUGAACCGGUCAACAAUGUUCGAGAAGGUCUCAUGAAUAACCAAGUCGACACGAGUACAAGAGGUUCGAGGGAUUCUAGUUCCAAACAUAAAUCGGAUGGAACUGUUGCUUUUCCAAACGGUCUUGGAUGAAUAUCAUCAUUGGUCUACUCGAAGACUGAAGAAUAUCCCUCCCUUGUGUUCCAGAAAGAAGAAAUCUUCGUGGAAAUCGUGUCAUUGCUUUGAGUGGCCUAGCUGCUGCAGUAAAUUUCCAGGUUGCUCGUGCAAAUGGAUUCGCUGGCCUAAUUGCUCCUGCAAAUGGAUUCACUGGCCUGGUUGCUCCUUUAAAUGGUUCACAUGUCAUGGCUGCUUGUGUGAGAGGCCAAGCAAUCAGUUGAAGUAUCCGAGAUGGGCAGGCAGCUGCUUUAAGUGCCUUUACUGGCCUUGCCUAAAGUGCCGAUGUUGAAAUCGUACAUCAGCGUGCUGAUCCUGUUGUGAUUCCAAUAAUACGCUGGAAAAUGGGAGACUAACGACUUCUGAGAAAGUUCAGAGCAUCAGCCUGCCAAUCGUGCCAAUAUGCUGCCAAGCUCCGUGAAGGCAGCAAACCAAAAGGCACGCGCUUCCUUUUCGUGUUCUUGCUCAUGUUGCUGUUGAUGAAGUGUCACCUUUAACCGGCCUUCUUAUUUAUCACUUCUUUGUCGUUACAUGCUUUAUAGCUCCUCGGACAGAACUAGAUGUGCAUUAGGUGACUAACUGUAAUCUAGACACCUUGUAUUUGUCUGCUUUACUCUUAUAGGAAACUCAUUAUCCAUUGGUUAGAAGUAAUCAGUUAUGUUAGAUAUGCUGUCGUUGAUAGUUUAGGAGCCAAUUUGUCAUGUGAUGCUGUAAUUGAGUCUUAUAGGAUUCACUUCAUUCUCCAAGAAAGUUAUAUUUACAAUCUUGUAGGUUGCUAGUUUUAAGAUAAAUGUUUCUAUAUUAUAUUUUUUUUCUUCUUUCCUGAUUUGUCUGCACAAUAUAAUCACUAUAGAAAUUAAACAACAUUAAUUGGGUGAUUUUAGAUGUGUUUUGACAGAACAUGUAGGCAAUUUCGAACAACACAGCAGACUUCUAAUUAGAGAAUGUAAUUUUCAAAUACAUAAAUAGUCAUCGAAUAUUUGUCAUAGGAUACUGGUGUGAACACUGUUCAUUCCCAAAAUUUUAUUUCCCACCAUCAAGAAAAAUACUAUGCAUCUUUAUCUGAUCUUCGUUCAUUAGUUGAUAAGAAUUGAAGAAUACCAUGAAUCCCAACUCAGAAUCUGGUAAUAAGGUGAAGAAAAACUGCAUGAAUUUCAGGAUUUUUUAACAUUGCAUAGGGAGCUGACUAAUAGUCUAAUUCAGAAUCUAUUCAUACAAUACAAUCCGGACAAAAUAAUUUGAAAAUCCCAGAAAAAUCCAGAAUUUAAUGCUUUUGAACUGCCUUCAGUUACAACUAGGCUACCAUAUGUUUCUUGACAAAUAUUACCACCUUCCUUCCUAAAUGUAAAAUCCCAUCUGCAAUCCCAUAAAAACUAAUAUUUUAAAAAGAAUAAUUAUUUGUAUGAAUGAAGAUUAUGUGAAGAACCACCAAAUAAAUUUACAAGAUUGUUCCUUUCCAAAAAAAAAAAAUAAUAAUAAUAAAAACUGCUGUUCAUCAGAUUCCUUGGUCCUCAUAAGUUGCUGUCACAAAAUGUAAAGGUACCACCUGAGGCAAACGAUGCCGUUUUGGGGUUGCAGCCGUUAUGCUGCACAGUUACUCCACGUGUACAAUAUUUUCUGUCGUGCCACGUGGACCAACAAACAGGGGUCUUGAAAAACCCUGUACUAUUCUAACAAAUGCGCGCCCAUUUGAGCAGUAGGGCCCAGAGUUUCUUCCUGGGACCCACUUCCUCACGUUAAAGAUUUUAGGAAAAGAUUGAGGGGAAAAAUAGUAAGCUUGGAAGAAGUAACACCAAUCUGCAGAAGAAAGAGAAGCAACAGAGAUUAUUUCUUGCCAUCAUUUUGCUGACUCCGAGGUUUCUUACGUUUUCUGCAUAAUUUGUUGUCGAAUGUUGAAAAGAAAAAACUGGAUUCUUUGUCUUCUUCAGUUUCUGUUCUCUCCUCUCUGCAGAUGCUAAAGACUUAUUUUUCUUUUCUGUUUUUAGAUUCUCUGCAGCUUCUUCUUUUUCCUUCUAUCUCCUUUUGUCCUUUUCUGCUUGGUUUUCAAAAUUUUGUUUUUGAAUUUGUGCUAACAAAGUCUGUUGCUUUGUUUCUUGAAGAUUGAGAGGAAUGGCGGGGAUGGCAGAGAUGGGGAAGGAGAUUUCUCUGCUUUCUGCUGCACUUUAUCUUCAUUCAUUUAUCCUUUUUCUGUGCAUUCUCUCGACGGUUUCUGCACAAUUCUCUGAUGAAAGAAUGGCACUUCUUGGAUUGAAGAUAUCAUUUUCUGAUCCUCAUAGGAUUCUCGACAGCUGGAAUGCCCGUAGCUCCGACCAUUGCUCGUGGUUCGGAGUCUCCUGCAGUUCUGACCUCAGAGUUACUAGGCUGGAAAUUGGAGGUAAUUUCUCUCGCUCUCCUCCUUGCUAUAUCGAGUCCCAAUCAGUAAUGCAUGGCCUUGGAAUCUCGAGAAACUGCUCUGAUCAGUCUGCCAUUAGUGGAACAUUAGGGGGAAGAUUAUCGGCUGUUAUAGGAAAGUUUACAGAACUUAGGGUUCUAUCGCUUGGUUUUAAUGAAAUUGGUGGUGAGAUUCCUGCUGAGAUAUGGGGAUUGAGAAAUCUCCAAGUGCUUGAUCUUGAGGGGAAUGACUUUCUUGGACGUUUCUCCAGUUUUGAAUUCUUCGGUUUGAAGAAAUUAAGGGUUCUUAAUCUUGCAUAUAACAGGAUUUUUGGGAUGUUUCCACCUUCUCUGUCGGAAUGUAGGGGUUUAAGGAGUUUGAAUUUAGCGGGAAACAGAAUCAUCGGUGUCAUCCCCGGAUUUCUCGGGGGUUUUAGAAAGUUGAGAGUAGUAAAUUUGUCGUUUAAUCGGUUGGUUGGCUACAUUCCAAGUAAUCUCGGAUACGAUUGUGGGAAUCUAAAGCAUUUGGAUUUGUCACAUAACUUCCUAAAGGGGGAAAUUCCGCGCACUUUAGGCAAGUGCGGCCGUUUGAGGAUAAUUUUGCUGUCGUCAAAUGCAUUACACGGCGUUAUCCCUAAUGAGCUUGGGAAACUUCGAAAUCUAGAAGUUUUAAACGUUGCAAGAAAUGGAUUAGGCGGCCCUCUGCCAGCGAAUCUGGGGAACUGUACUCGUUUGUCGGUUCUUGUCCUCUCGAGUCACUUCAAUGCUCUCCGCAUGAAGAGGCAUCCACGUGGCAGAGUGCCUCGUAGAUCCUCGAAUGCAGCUUUGGAUGAUCAUCAUAAUUCCUUCAAAGGUUCCAUUCCUGAUGAGAUUACAACACUUCCAAAACUCAAGAUUUUGUGGGCUCCGGGUGCCGAGUUUAACGGCCACUUCCCGAGAAAUUGGGGAAGUUGUAAGAGCUUGAUGAUGGUAAACCUAGGUCAAAACCAGUUUACAGGUGAGAUCUUUGGUCUAUUUACAAGAUGCACUAAUCUUCAAUACCUCAACUUGAGCUCUAACAAGCUGACUGGGAGAUUGGAUGAAUAUCUUCAGUUGUCGUGCAAAACAAUGCUCGAUUUCAGUGGGAAUCGGUUAUCCGGUCCAAUCCCGAGUUUGAACACCACUAUCUGCCGCCAUCGUCCCUCCAUCUACGAUCCAUCUGUUGUUUACACGUCUUUCUUGGUGAAAAUAGCUCCUGAGGCCCCGGUUAUGGACAAUGAUCUUAUCCACGACGAGGCUCCUCAUUUGAAACGGAAGCAGGCGCCUCCUCGUAACUUAUUUGUCGCAUCUGCAUCUGGUGCCAUUGCAAUAGCUCUAAUUUUGCUAGCUCUGUUGUGUUACAAGAAAAGGGGGAAAGCCGAGAUGACGAGGAUUGAGAUUCCGGCCUCGACUCAGACGGAAAAGGUCAUCCUCUUCAAUGACAUAGGUGUGGCUCUAACCUAUGACGCCAUAGUUGAGGCAACGGAGAAUUUUAACAGAAGAAACUGCAUUGGAACGGGCGGAUUUGGCAAGACCUACCGUGCACAAGUAGCUCCCGAGAGAAAUGUUGCGGUGAAGAGGCUGACCGCGGAGAGGCACCAAGGCGCCGCGCAGUUCCAUGCCGAGGUGAGCACAUUAGGCCAAAUCAGACACCCGAAUCUCAUCACCCUUUUGGGCUAUUACGCUUGUGGAUCGGAAAUGUUAUUGAUAUACAACUAUCUGCCCGGAGGGAAUCUGGACCGGUUCAUCAGGGAUCGCGCGAGGAGAGUCUUCAACUACGCGACGCUGCACAAGAUCGCUCUCCACAUCGCCUCCGCGCUCUGCUACCUGCACGACCAGUGCAGCCCGCGGAUCCUGCACCGAGACAUCAAGCCCAGUAACAUCUUGCUGGACGACGAGAGCAACGCAUAUCUGGCGGACUUUGGACUGAGCAAGAUCCUCGCAGGCAGGGAGACGCAUGCCACGACGCACGUGGCUGGGACCUACGGGUACAUAGCUCCGGAGUACGCGAUGACGGGGAGGGUGUCGGACAGGGCGGAUGUGUACAGCUACGGGGUGGUGCUAUUGGAGCUCAUGUCGGAGAAGAGGGCGCUGGACCCGUCGUUCUACUUGCAGCAGGACGGGUUUGGUAUCGUGUCGUGGGCGCGCAUGCUGCUGGACCAGGCUCAGGCGAAGGAGGUGUUUGCGGCGGGCUUGUGGGACGCAGGGCCGCAUGACAAACUGGUGAAGAUGCUGCAUGUGGCCGUGCUGUGCACAGUGGAUGCGGUUUCAGCGCGCCCAGCGAUGAGGCAGGUGGUGCAGCGAUUGAAGCAGAUUCAGCCUUGUGCUCAUCGAUCGGGAUAGUGUGUUUUCACUUAUUCAUUAUGAAUCUAAUAAGCCAAGAAACAUCAUUCCAUCAUUGCUCUUUUCUUGGUGAAAGAUCGUCCCAUUCAAGUUUCUCAAAUGAAUGCAAACCUUUUUUUUUAUUCUCUACCACUUUAUUGUUCCUGCAUUUUGCAUAGUUUCGAUUUCUGAAAUGAAGUUUCCAAAAUA